CAAACGCGAGUACGUGUAUGACAUUUCACCAAUCCUUGCCGAAUUACCUAAAGAUUCAAAAGCUAUAUCGAAAAUCGUGAAUUUGAUUGUGAAUAUGGAGUUGGAUUUGGAGGAGGCAAGACGACAGGAACUGAAGGCUGAAAUAAAGGCUUUGGAGGAGGCAAAGCAACGUGAAAUAACGGCUUUGGAGGAGGAAAGACGACAAAAAAUAAAGGAUUUCAUGCGUGAAACGAUCAACGUAAUUGAAAAAAAAGAACGAGAGAAAUGA